AUGCGAUUUCCACCCUCCAAGCCCGCUCACGCAAAAGCCUUUCCUCCCAUUAUGCCACACUCUUCGAGGAUUUCAGACUUGUCGCAGUUCCUUGCGGGCACGGCUGGCGCAGAGGAAGAGGAGGCUAGAGAAUCCAACCUUGUCUUUCUGAUUUUGUAUGCCGGCAGGGAAAAGGCCCCCGAGGGCCGCAUCAAAGCCCGCCCUCCCAAAGAUUCCAUAAAGGUCCCAAGAGCUACAUGCAGCCACAUUCGUAGCAGCACAUUCCUCGAUGGUAGAUUGCUGAGAAGCUUUGCACAAGCUUCACAGUCACUUUGGCCCAGGUGGAGGAGUGGGUCGAAGUUGCAGACGGCAUGGGUCAGGCCUCAAAGCCCAGAGCGUAGUCAACCGGCCAAGUCUUUCAAAUUUGCGCCCCUCUUGAUGCAGCGCUUGCCUGCGCUAUCCUGA